UCAGUGAGGAGUCCUGCACGGCCACUGCGGACUCUCCGCUCUCCUCGUGCUUCUGGGAUACUGGAGGAUUUGCUCGCUGUAUAAUGUCAUGGCGACCAUCAUGGAGCAAGUUUUUCACGGUUUCGUAACUGCUGAUAAAUCUGGGAAUCAGAAAUAGAGAGUGAACUGUGAGGAUCACUUCAUCUCCCAUUUCACAGUUCAAGUCAGGUUGAAGGGGUGAAAGAUCCCAGUUUGCCCCGGGUUCAAGAGGUCUGUUGCAGAGUUGCAGAAAUGGAAUGUGCAACAAAUGCUAAUAUUGGUGAUGCAUCUGAAACUGCUCUGUGUGAAGACAUUGCUCUCAGGGACGGUAGCGAGACAUCUUGGAAGAAAAAUAAGAAGCAUAAAAAACACAAAAGUAAGAAGAAGCGCAAGAAGAGAAAGGGUGAAAAAGAGAGCAGCUCUGAAUCUGGAGUUGAAUCAGAUGGAGAAUCUCAAGCAAAACUGAAUAUGAAAAAAGAAGGCCCAUCUACCAUUGAGACUCGAGGUCAUGAUGAGGAUAAAGAAACCACAAGAAAUUCCGUUGCAGAACAUCGUGAUGACGACGAUGGCAAAGUCAGAAAAACAAAGCGUCAUGCAGGGAAAAAGAAGAAGAAAAAGAAACGAAAAGAAGAAAAGCAAGAGAGAAAUUCUCCUUCUCGAUCACGGUCAGCCAGUACAUCAGAGUCAGGGUCAGAGUCAGAAUCUGAAUCAAAAAUGGUGCAAGCAUUGCAAAUGGAGUCACCUAACUUGGGCAGGAAGUCUCCUAUGGGUGCAGUGAAGCUCUCAAAUGAUGGGUAUAAAGAAAAAAAUUCACACCCAGAUGAAAUAAAGGGAGAUGCGACCAGCAAAACUGAACAUUGUGAAGAGAAACACACAAAGUCUGCAUGGAGGAAAGAUGAGUCUCCUGAGGAUACAUGUGAUCAAGCUGUAAAUAGAGAAAAAUACAGUGAGAAGGACACAAAAAUAGAGAAUUUUGGGAAAGGUUUUAGCAAAACUCAGGAACUCCCUGAUAUUAUCCCCAAACAGGAGAAUGUCCACAAAGAGCAAGUCAGCCAGAAGGAACCAAAUGGAGAUAAGAGAGGAAAGAAGGAUCCUGAGAAGUCGCUCUCCAGGUCAAGGUCCCAAUCACUUUCGGACAAUAAAGGGACUAAAUCGAGCCACAGUCGAUCCAGAACUCCAAAGCGAUCUUCUGGUAUGCCAGCGCAUCGAAAAGAUCAAUCUCUCUCAAGAGAAAGGUCGGUUUCUGGCCCAAGAAGAAAGAAGGGUGUGCAAAAAAGACACUCAAGGUCUCCAUCAGAAAAUCAAAGAUCUCGAUCUAGAUCAGUCAGGGGAACAAGACGCAAGUCAAGGUCCCGCUCUGGAAAGAGAAGGAAUCGCUCUGGCUCCAGGUCCCGUACCAGGGCCAAGAGAUCUAGGACCAGGUCCCCACGGCGCAGCCGCCGAACAAGAUCUAGAUCUAUUGUAAAGCUACGCCGUUCAAGGUCAAGGUCAAAAAGAUCAGUUUCUCGCCGAAAGAACCGUGGUUCAAAAUCACGCUCCAGAUCUGCUCGGAGAGGCAGACGUUCACAGUCACGUUCUCGAAAAAGGACACCGGUAUCCCGUACAAGAAGAUCUCGGUCCAGGUCUGUCAGGAGAAUGAGACGAACCCGUUCAAGGUCCAUUGUGAUUCUCAGGAGGUCUAGAUCUCGAUUGAGGCGAAACAAAAGGUCUAGUUCAAGGUCUGUUCGUAAAAUCAGAUCAAGGUCUAGAACUCCAAGACGACGUAGCCGAUCUCCCUCUCCACUGCGCUCCAGGCACUCUAAAUCAAAAUCCCCUGUUCGGCAGAGAAAGUCAAAAUCUCCACGUAGAACAAGGUCAGAAUCAAGGUCUCCUAAGCGCAACAAGCGUUCAAAAUCACGAUCUGUCUCGCGUCAUUCAAAGACUAGCUCACCUAGAUUUAAAAGAGGAGCAAAGAAAGUUAAAAGUAAGCGAUCAAGAUCUGUUUCACAGAGAGACUCAUCCAGGUCUAGAUCCAAUUCAAGAGAAAGGGUUUCCUCAGAUAGAAGUCAGUCUCCGGCUAAGAGCAGGUCUAAAUCUCCUGCUGAAGAAAGAGAAUCUUCAGUGGAAUACCAUAAAGAUUCUGAUGGUAAUAAUAAAGAAAUGUCAGAGUCCAAAUCACAGAAACCACUGUCUCAUGAAUGUGCAUUUCCACACAAAAUAUCAAGUGAAGACUCAACAAAAUCAGAACUUGAGUCAAAAAAAGAAAAUGCCACAAGAGAGUCCAAGACCACCUUGGAAUGCAGAGAGAGGCCAAACACAUCUAGAUCAAGAUCCUCUUCAUCAGAACCAUUACCUCAACAUGAGAGUACUGGCUCAGAUGAUAAUGAGCAGUCUGAUAAUUCAAGAUCACCUUCACCAAGUCCAGUAAAAAAAGAAUCGGGGUUAAAAUCCAGCAGAAAGUCCAAGUCACCUCUUCGUAGGAAGCGCUCCAGGUCCAUAUCAUCCACCCAUAAGACACGGUCCAAAUCAAAGUCUGUUAGUGGUAGGGAAAGGUCCAAAUCUCCAAGAAAACGAAAGUCUAGAUCUCCCUCGCACAGCCAAAGGAAGAGAUCAAAAUCCAGGUCACCUGUCCGGAGAAGGAGAUCGCGUUCAAGAUCAGUCAACCGUAGGGGAAAAUCAAGGUCUAAAUCUCGCACUAGGACCAAGCGCUCAAAGUCACGAUCUCCCAAAAGAAAACGAUCCAAGUCUAGAUCACCAGUCCGAAAAAGACGGUCUAAAUCACGCUCUCCUGCUCGAAGGAAAAGAUCCAAGAGUCCAGAAAAAAGCAAAAGAUCAAAAUCCCGUUCCCCUGCCAGGAAAAGACGGUCACGAUCUCGGUCAAAAUCACGGGCCCGCCAUUCACGAUCUAAAAGAUCUCGCUCUGCUUCUCGCCGGAGGAGACCUGCAUUUCGAGGUCGUUCUUUUGAUAGACGAGAUCGAUGGAAACGUGAGCCAAGCCAUUCACCCAUUCUCAUUCUCCGUAAAAGAAGGUCCACUUCGAGAACACGUCGUAGCUCUAGCAAGACACCACCUCGUCUCACUGAGCUAGACAAAGAUCAGCUAUUGGAGAUCGCUAAGGCUAAUGCUGCUGCCAUGUGUGCUAAAGCAGGGAUGCCCAUCCCAGAGAGCCUUAAGCCUAAGGCUAUUCUCCAGUUGCCUUUGCCAACUCCUACUUCAGCCCCUUUGUCUUUGCCUCUGCCCCUUCCAGUUCCCAACUUGCCCAUGAACCUGCCGAUGGGCAUACCUGGUAUGCCUGCGAUGCCAAACAUGCCUAUGAAUGCUGCUGUGGCUAGCAUGACAGCAGCCACUAUGACCGCAGCCCUAUCUAAUAUGGGAGCCUUGGCAGCUAUGCCCCCUAUGCCUCCACUGCCCACCAUUACCAACAAACCUCCUCCAGCACCUACACCUAAUCUGGCCAACAUCGAAGAAGUAAAGAGAAAAGUGGCACAGCAGGCUAACAGCAUCAGUAUCAAAGAGUUAACAGAGAAGUGUAAACAGAUUGCAGAAAGCAAGGAAGAGAUGAGCAUCGCAAGGCCCCAUGUUUCUGAUGAUGACGAUGACGACGACGACGAUGAAAAACGGUAACCAACUGUGCUGCUUCGUUAUCUGUUUCCCCUACCCAUGGUUGAUGAAGAAAGCGGAGAUGAAGUGUCAACACUGGAUAUUAAUGAUCUGUAAAUCCAGGAGGCAGACCUAGUUCCAGUGGAUAUUUCAACAGUCUCAACACUUUUUCCUUAGCUGAUGACACCACCGUAGGCAGCAGAUUUCUUCUUGCCUCAGGACUUGAUCUACUAGACCGGAUCAUUUUGUUCAUCUUCAGAUGGAUUAAGGGGCUUACAGUCUCUUAUACAGUGAAGCAAAAGCACUGCUUGGUCAAAUUCAAAAGUAUUAUUUGACUUUCAGUGUGGUCUGUCUGUCUUGACAGUUGAAAGAAGCUUAUUUCAAGCUGCUCUUUUGGAUAUUUGGUUAACAAGGUAAUAAUUUUACUCCACCCAGCCCCGCACCUCAUCUCAUUACAUGUAAAUCUCAUCUAUGAAGUACUUUUGUGAUCAGGAGGACUUCACUGUUAUUUGUUCUUAACAUUUUUGUGAAGUUUUUUUUUUUAGUCAUUAAAAUUUGAGGACAACAUUGUGACUGCUCUACUUCAUGGACAAUAUUUUCCUUAGUGUUGCAGUUGUAGUGUGCCGUUGUAUCUGACCGACAACUGGCUUGUAAACAUUGUUGGCCAGUGUCUGCUGGCAGUUGACCAUUUUAGCCUGGUUGGAAACACUUAAAUCUGAGUGGACCUACAUGUGUCAAGCUUUUUGAGGGAGUUCUUGUUUUGAGGUGUUUAUUUUUAGAUCUCUGAAUGGAUUCAAAAGGGGCACACUAUUGGUUUUAACAGCGUAGGAGGUGUACAGUACUGUUUUAUUUUGUCAUUUGAAUUGAUUGAAAAUUGUAUGUGCUUUUGCCCAGUAGAGGCUCGUGUUGGGGUGCUUUGUUUAUGAUAGCUGUAGAAUUUUACAUCAACAUUCUUGGCAAAGGGUGAUGGAAGAGAUAAGAAUGCAUAAUAUUUACUGAGAACAAAAACUGUUUCUUGUUGAGACACCUGUACAUUAUGCUAUACUGUUCAGUGUGUAGCCUAGGUGUUCAUUUCCUUUACUGUUAUUUGUUUAUUCUUCCUUUGCGUGUAUCCUUUUUUUGGUACUGUUUCUUUAGUUUGUGCAGAGAUGCUCAUGUCCAGUCAGUUCAAGGCUGAUUAAAAGAGAGAAAUAUUUCCACUUUAAGAUCGGCCACAGGAAAGAUUUUAACCAUUAAUUUAAAUCGCACAUGCUGUCUCUCCAAGCUUCAGAUUUAUCCUAGUAAAUGCAGUCUUGUAGAACAAUGUUAUGCACACAAAAUAAAUACACAUGCACGUGUGCUAUUUUCACUUGUCUGUCAACCCUAGAGGAGCACUGCCAGUGAAAGGUGUAAUUCAACACUGUGGGUAAAGUAUGUUUUUGCCACUUUCAACACUUCCCCCACACUGACACAAAAUGCUUGGUCUCUCACUAGAAGGUCUGUUUUGUGAAUAAAACACUGAGUAAAAAACAAUUGGCAGAAGUGAUUUGAGCCAGGAUUUGUACAGUAACGUUUAAGUUGGGUUCAGGGUUUUGGUUGGGGAAGUUUGGAGACAAUGGUUAAGAAGAAGUUAUUUACAAGUCUUUUGCAGAGUACCCAAAGUUGUGACCAAAAAUGUUUUAACUUUGUUUUGAAUUGAUUCCCACUGUUAGACCUUACCGAUAUAGGAAAAUGGGAAAUACUUCACUAUAACUGUGAAAUUUCUGUGAUUAUUCAGGACACUGGUCAAAAUGAGUGGUAUUGAAAACAUAAAAGGCAGUGUAUUUUGUAUCCUUUGUAUAGGCUCAAGUACCGCAUUCCUAACAUAAAGUGUAGUAUCCUCAAUUUUGAUUAAACAUUGCAAUUUUUCCUCUGCCAUAAGAUUAUGUUGCUUGCUUUGUACAUAAUGCAACCUUGAUUAUUAAAAUAAAUGACCAUGAUCAC